AUGGCUGAUGAAGCAGGAUUCUACCGCUUUGAGCAAGUCAAGCUACAUCUGCUCCCUACCGAUCGCCUCUUCCGCUCCUCAGCUCCACACUACAAAUCGCGUGAUACCGACCAGCGCUUGGACCCCGAAUCCAUUGCCUUUUUGCACAAGCAGAACAUCAAACAUGUCAUCGGUGUCAACUGGCCUGCCGACGACGCCACCAUCACCGAGACGCUGCGGACGGCGGGCAUUGCGUACACGCCGCUCAAGGUGGAGGACCAUCACGCGCCCACGCCGGAACAGCUCAAAAAGGGCAACACGGAAUGGGAGAAGCACCGUAAUGGCACGUUGGUCUGGUGCGGCUUCGGCCAUGGACGUACGGGCACCAUGGUCUCCGGACUGCAGAUCAUGGCGGAAAAGAAGAAGCCGCACCCGCACAAGUUCACGCACGACGACUACGUGAAAAACCAUGUUGAGACUCCGGGGCAGGAAGCCGUAUUGAACACGCUGCAGGCGGAGGAGUGA